AUGCGCUCAGCUAGUGGUCACCCAAUAGACAUUCUCUUUGUCGAUUAUUAUCGUAUUCUUGGAGUGGAUCAGCAGGCUUCGGUAGAAAGCAUAAAAGCAGCGUAUCAUGAGCGUGCGCGUCUAUGGCAUCCGGACAAAAACGAUGGCAGCGAGAAGAGCAAGGAGAGGUUCAUACAACUACAACGCGCUUAUAAAGUUCUAUCGGAUCCGAACAAACGCGCUAUUUAUGACCGCUUCGGAGCGAUGGGUUUGGAUGUUGCCGAACGCUACGACGAGGAUGAACAACAAUAUAUGGCAGAUUUUGCAAGAUCCACAAAGUGGAUUGUACCACGAACAGAAUAG